UCCAAGGCUAACUCGAAAGUCGAAACUAAUUUACGUGAAGCUAUCUAGAUUGAAGACAUUCGAUGGAGCCUAAAUUUGUCUGAUCCAAUCAACUACUUCCCGAUAAACAUAAAAUUCCUCGCCACCUUCAACAAACAAACAAAUCUUUCUUUUCUGGGCUGCGGUGAUGACUAAGCAGUCUCAAUCCACUUUUCCAUUUUAAUCCAACCAAAUUUCUCAAUACUCUUAUCUCUUUUAUCUCUUUUUAUUUCACUCUCAUUCUCUCCCUUUUGUAUAUUCUCGAAUUUAAAUUAUAGGUUUUCAAAUUUCACUUUUUCGGAGGGGGGCUAAAGAUGCGAUUUUGAUCAGUGGGCUUCCUUUAUAUUUGCUCGAUUUUUGGAUUAUCUUAUUGCAGGUUGAUUUAUAAUUUUUAGCAAUGGGGAGUGCGUCAUCGGUAUUGACUCAGUAUGAUAUUGAAGAAGUUCAAGAACACUGUAAUCAUCUAUUUACUCAGCAAGAAAUAGUGUCUCUGUACAAAAGAUUUUGCCAACUAGAUAGGAAUUCCAAAGGGUUCAUAUCAACUGAUGAGUUCUUAUCUGUACCUGAGUUUGCAAUGAAUCCACUUUCUCAGAGGUUGCUUAAAAUGGCAGAUGGGCUGAAUUUCAAGGACUUUGUUGCAUUCUUGUCUGCUUUCAGUGCUAAAGCAACUGUACCACAGAAAAUCGAGAUUAUCUUUAAAGUAUACGAUUCUGAUUGCAACGGGAAGGUGACUUUCAAAGACCUAAUAGAAGUGCUCCAGGAUUUGAGUGGCACGUUUAUAUCAGACAAGCAGCGAGAGGAAGUUCUAAGUCAGCUGUUGCAAGAAGCUGGUUACACAAAAGAGUCUUCUCUUCUGUUGGACGACUUCGUCAAGAUACUGGAACAUCCAGGAUUGAAAAUGGAGGUGGAAAUCCCAGUGGAUUAGCCUCAUCUUCAAAUUCCAUUGAAAUAUAUAGCAACUACUUGUAUAUGAGCACAAUUGCAACAUCAUACUAGUAUUUAUUACCUUCUUUUCUCUUUGAAGAAAACUCUUCAAUAAACAGAGGAAAUAAGAGAGAUGUAUCUAAAUAAUUCUGAGUCUUGCUGACUUGCUUAUCUUUUGAUAUGUAUUGUCACGUUCAUGUA